AUGGCGACCGUCCUACCUCCCCCGUCGAAGCGCCAGAAGCGCGAGAACCUGGAGAGGACGCAGAUCCAGCAGGAUGUGACCGCCGUUGCGUCUGGGCCCGCGGGCUCGUUCAAGGCGCGAUUCCUCGACAGCGACGGAAAGCAGAUGGCCGAUGUCAUUGAAGUGCCUCUCGCCGACGCAUCUGAGAAAAACUUAUCAUUAUUGUUAAAUACAUUGCUAGCCAGGGACAAGGAGGAAUUUCUCCCAUAUCGAUUUCGAAUACACAUCCCAGAGACCGACAUCAUCGUUGACCAAUAUCCGACCGACCUUCUCCAGCUUUUGCGCAGCCAUGGCAUUGAGAAUCCCUUCGAAACGACAGUCACGCUGAGUGCCGAACCCCAGGCUGUGUUCAAGGUCCAAGCAGUCACGCGCAUGUCCCAUAGAAUACCUGGGCACGGCGAGGCGAUCUUGGCCGCUCAAUUCAGUCCCGCGACUAGCAGUCUAUUGGCUACCGGUUCAGGCGACAAGACGGCUCGGAUAUGGGACACGCAAACUGGCACCCCAAAGUAUACCCUGUCUGGUCAUACGCACUGGGUUUUGUGCGUCGCCUGGUCGCCCGACGGCGAGCGUUUGGCCACGGGAAGCAUGGACAAGUCUGUCCGACUCUGGGAUCCCAAGACUGGAAAAGCUGCCGGUUCCGGAGCUUUGACAGGACAUUCCAAGUGGGUUACCAACAUUGCCUGGGAGCCCUAUCAUCUCUGGCAGAAUGGGUCACCCCGACUGGCGAGUGCGAGCAAGGAUACAACAAUUCGUGUCUGGGCGGUAAACACAGGACGGACGGAGCAUGUCUUGUCCGGCCACCGGAGCAGCGUGAGCUGCGUAAAAUGGGGAGGGACCGGAUUGAUCUACUCUGGCAGCCACGACAAGACAGUCAGGGUCUGGAACGCCGAGAAGGGAACACUGGUGCACACCCUGUCGUCUCAUGCUCACUGGGUGAAUCACCUGGCCCUGUCCACUGACUUUGCACUACGGACGUCAUUUUACGAUCACCAGGCGACGCCGACCGGAGAAGAGGAAAGGCGGAAGAAGGCGAAGGAGCGUUUUGAGAAGGCAGCCAGAUUCCAAGGGCAGAUUGCGGAACGCCUCGUGUCAGCCUCUGAUGACUUUACCAUGUAUCUCUGGGACCCUUCGCAGGGCACAAAGCCGGUUGCACGGCUGUUGGGACACCAAAAGGCCAUCAACCACGUGACGUUUUCCCCUGAUGGCAGCAUCAUUGCCAGUGCCGGUUGGGACAAUCAUACCAAAAUCUGGAGCGCGAGGGAUGGCAAGUUCAUCAACACGCUCCGAGGCCAUGUGGCACCCAUAUAUCAGUGUGCCUUUUCUGCCGAUAGUAGGCUCCUCGUCACGGCGUCCAAGGAUACCACGUUGAAGGUCUGGUCAAUGUCUACGUACAAGCUGGCUGUUGACCUACCGGGACACCAAGACGAAGUGUUUGCUGUUGAUUGGAGUCCGGACGGACAACGAGUUGGCAGCGGAGGUAAAGACAAGGCCGUACGGCUCUGGAUGAAUUGA